AUGUCACAAACAGCUGCACCUUUUGUGCAUACAGGUCCAUGGAUCAAUUGGUCUCAUGGACUCGUCCUUGGCUCAACCAUAACCCUCAGUGAGCGCGAUGGCGAACUACUGACCGCAUUCCUCGGCAUAUUUGUCACAGGUGCCGGUGCCGCUUGCUGGAAAAUCAUGAGUUUUGCGUUGCACCAGCACCGCAGCCCGCGCGACCCUCAAGACGGCAUUCAUCAUCAACAGCAAGCCAUACUCCAGAAUACAGGAAGUCCGUUUGGGGCGUCUGCUGAGCUUGUUUCAUUGGUCUGGUACUGGAGAAAGCAUGCACUCAGACCUUUAGUACGAACUUUACCGCUAGUAGCUCUCGCUCUCCUCAAUUUUGUUCUGUUUGGCGUUGCUGGCGUGUUCUCCUCGGAAGUCACCAAAGCAGCCGGAAAUGAGACGUUGAUUAGAUCUUCCGAUUGCGGAUUUCUCAACUUCUCUGGAAACGCCGUUAGCCAGCAUUCAGCUGCCUUUAAUGAUGUAGACGUUAAUGACACCUUUGCGGCCACCACCUACUCACGGGCCUGCUAUGGAAGUUCGCAGAGUCUUUUGCAAUGCGCGCAAUAUCCUCAACAGCAGCUGCCUUGGAAAGUCAACCAAAAUGCCACAUGUCCCUUUGCACCUGACCUAUGCUUUUACGGCGCAUCGUCUGCUUAUGAGAUGGACACGGGCCACAUUGAUUCACAUCAAGCACUCGGAAUAAACGCACCAAAAUUUGAGCGGAUCCAAUAUCGCAAAGUCACAACGUGCUCCCCUAUCCACACCAGGGGCUAUGUAACAGAAGUCAAUGACACCAAUCCAAGUGAUCUCGCAUACGGUGAUACACUCCAGCAGUUUGACUACGGUUCUGUUCUUUCAAUCUCCAAUUAUACAUACCAAUACGACACCCAUAAUAUAGUGGGAAGUAACAGCUACCAGCUCACAUCUCUCGCCUACCUUGCAGGGGCGGCUUCUAAUGCAUGGUAUCCUGUCGAUGCCCUCAAUCGCACCGACGCUGACGUAUCCCUCUUUCUACUCGCCCCAAAUUCUGUCCGCUACGAGGCGCCCGUCACAGAUCCAUUCUACGCUGCCACUACUCCAUUUAACCUAUCUAUCGAUGGCGGUACUACAAAUUACACGUAUUACACAUCAGAUCAGUGGGUCAACGCUCUCGCUUGCACUGACCAACACCAAUACUGUAACCCAACGAACAAGCAAUGCACACCCUUGACCUCGUUGGUCCUGGCGCACAAGUCCUUAUUCGAAAACAAGAUCAGCCUCAACCAGGCUCAAAUGGUGACUGCAUUACGACUUGACCUCAUCACUCAAUUUCUUACAACCUACUUCAGCGUUAAUUCACGUGGAGCCAGCGCCUUGCGGGCUUCCGAAACUGUGAAUAAUCUCGAUCAAAUUCCCCUCCCAAACAAUCAAUGGAUGACAGAAGUCAGCACCUGGUUUUCCGUCUCCAUGGCCAAGCUACAGCAACGAGUUAUUGAAUACGCUACAGGGCCCGGUUACAUACCUGACGGAAUGACCCUGAGUAGGCCCGUGGAACAACAGGAGAAGAUGUGCAAGAAUCAGAUCGUCAGGAGCUCCGGCGGAACGAUCUCAUUCUCCGUACUGGGUGUUGCGAUUAUCUUGAUUCUCGGUGCGGCGCUCAUUUUCACCAGCCUAGUAUUGCCGACUGCUAUAGGACUUCUCCGCAAAUGGUUGAAAUGGAAGGAAUACAAGGGUUUGCAAUGGACGCUCGAUGGGAAAUUACAGCUUCAGAGACUGGCGUAUGAGGAGGCAGGGCAGGGCCACUGGAGUGGAGGAGCCAGUUCUGUGCCGUUGAUGAGGAAAGGUGAUUUGAUAGGGGUGCCGGAAGGAGUUGACACCACGCAUCCCCGGUUAGGGCGCGCGCGGAGGCAUUCUGAGGGUGGGAAUUUGGCCACCGGGACACCGGAAAUUGAGAGUCUGAUGGGUGACAAGGGAAUGAGGUACAAGGUUGAGCCUGAGGCAAUGCAUCAUGGAUACUGA